AUGAACUCCACUGCAAUCUGCAGCAGAGUGGUGCUGCACAAGAUCAACGGGCAGUGCAGGAGUGCCAUCAGGUGCGACCCCCGGAGGAACUCCAUUCCACCAGUGCAGACCCUCAUCACCAAGCACCUCCUGGCCUACCUGCCGAGGCCACCGCCUGACUCCCCCCGGUACACCCCCAUCCCAAGAAAGGCAGGAGCCAAGGCUAUCAUGGCGGUGGCCGUGAUGAACUCCAGAAGAGUGUCCACCGUCUCCAGCAAGAGCAGUGAGUGUGACAGUGUGCCUCCGCCCCCUCCCCCACUCAAAGCCACCCCCGUUCCGCAGCAGAGCUCCAACCAGGGUGACCCUGAGCUGGGCUCCAUUCCCUGCGCCCAGGACAACAGCCCCGAACCGCCAAAGCGACACCGUUCUCACCGCGGGCGUCACCUCAAACGGCUCAGCUCCAAGUGGUACCCCGGCAACUUCGGCACAGACCGCAGCCCCUUCAUCAGGAGGACCGGCGCUCGGGGGUCCCCUCCCCCCCCGGUGGAAAAGAGCAAGAGGCAGCGCUGCAAGCUGAUUGGGGACGACUCGCAGGCCUGCUCCGCUACCGGCAAGCAGAGGCAGCGCUACGUCACCAAGGACGGCAAGUGCAGGGUCAACUUGGGCCACAUCCAGGACAAGAGCCGGUUCCUGUCGGACAUCUUCACCACCCUGGUGGACCUCAAGUACCGCUGGUUCCUGUUCGUCUUCACCAUGUGCUACAUCAUGACGUGGGUGGCCUUCGCCGUCAUCUACUUCCUGGACGCCUGGCUGCGGGACGACGUGGCCCACGUCCGUGACCCGGAAUGGCGGCCCUGCUUCGAGAACGUGGACAGCUUCCUGGCCGCCCUCCUGCUCUCUGUGGAGAGCCAGAGGACCAUCGGCUACGGCUCCAGGAUGGUGACGGCCAACUGCAUGGAGGGGGUGGUCCUCAUCAUGGCCCAGUCCAUCGUGGGCUCCAUCAUCGACGCGCUUAUGGUGGGCUGCAUGUUUGUGAAGAUCUCCCGGCCACAGAAGCGGGCGCAGACGCUAAUUUUCAGCAAGCACUGCGUCAUCUCGGAGCGGGACGAACAGCUGUGUCUGCUCUUCCGUAUCGGAGACCUGCGGGAGAGCCACAUGGUGGACGCCAAGAUCCGGGCCAAGCUCAUAAAGUCCAGGCUGACCAAGGAAGGGGAGUUCAUCCCGCUGGAGCAGUCGGAGAUAAACCUGGGCUACGACACAGGUGGGGACAGGCUGUUCCUGGUGGAGCCCCAGACCAUCACCCACAUCAUCAACGAGAGCAGCCCCUUCUGGGAUAUCGGGGCGGAGUCUUUGAAGAGGGUGCGGUUCGAGAUCAUCGUCAUCCUGGAGGGAAUAGUUGAGGCAUCAGGAAUGACAUGCCAGGCCAGGACCUCAUACACAGAAGAUGAGAUCCUGUGGGGCCACCGCUUCGAGUCCUGCAUGUCCCUGGAGAAGGGAGCCUUUCGGGUGGACUAUAGCACAUUUGACAAGACCUUUGAGGUCCAGACCUCGGCCCUCAGUGCGAAAGAAAAGAGUGAACCAAAGGUUCCAGAGGUUUUUUAGCUGGUACCUGUACCUGUUGGAUAUAACCCUCACCUUCCUCCCACCUGGCGCAGAUGAUGGGAGAGAGCAUCAAACUGUUGAGAGCAAUGACACUAAGUGAUUAUAGAGAUUAUUAAUUUCUAGGCUUGCUAGCUAUACUUCUAACAAUUGAUGAAUUGAUUGUGUCGGUGUUAACUGUGGCUGGGAAUCCCACAGGGGCACACACAGUUUUACUGUAACAUUGCCCAGAAAUAAUAUUUGGUUAGCAGGGAUUACCCUGUCUCAUUGUCUGCCUGUGAGUUUUAGGUUGGGGCAGGCAUAGAGUCACAUCUGGAUAUUCGGGAGGAAACCAAUGAGGAAGCAAAAGAAAUACAUUUUCCCAGAAAUACAUUUUUAUAGUAUAGUCAGAAGCUUUAUUGACGUACACCCAUGGCUUUAUUCUGCAUCCUGCAGACA